AUGCUCCCGUUUGUUCACGACAUUGUUCAGAUAAACGCUGAAGCUAAGAAGAAAGUAGAUGUCCUAUCAGAAGAGUUGCUGCCCUAUAUCAUAGCAGAACAGGAGAGGAGAACUACACUUUAUAAGAGGAUCAUGACGGCCAUUCAGAACGGCGAGAAAGGAGUCACUAUUGCCGAGAUCAGGAACAAACCUCCACUAAUUAUAAGAAAAGGAUUAAUGUUCCGGUGUCCGUCCAAUCGGGCGCCUAAGGAGCCGGAUGGAUCUGGUGUCCUAAUGUGCGAGAAGGACGUCGAACCUGCACCCGUUAUGUAUGACUCCUGCCUCAGCGCAGAGGACAGGGAACUUUAUGUCGCUGAGAAUAAAUACUUCUUUUGCAAUCGUCACAAAGUGGAAGGUCCUGACCUGCCUCGAAAUGGCAGUACUGUGAUUGGCUGUGCGCCCGUAGAGAGGACAUCGUUGAACUAUACAACCAGCAAAUGUACUCUGGAAGACACUGAUGAUGUAGUGGUACACUACAGAUACUACCCUGAUAGAACAUACAAAUACGUGACUGAGCUGGACCCGGACCGGGAGGUUUGCGAGCACUGGAAACCGUGUCAGAUCGGUUACAUUUACAGUCUACCGUCACCAGACCAGGCUGUGGUGGCCAACGAAUUGUGGCACGACUCUUUGGUGGAGUGUAUGAACCCCAUGAAAUUGAAAUACAAACAUAGUCCGCGAAGAUUGAGAAUACCACAAGGUUACCAGUACCAGUCGAUUUGGAGGAGCGAAUCAUCAGCGCCGUUGUCGAUGAAUCAUAAUAGUUCAUAUAAGAUGAAUCACGAUUUUAAUGUGAAUGUAUCACCAGACGGGACUUAUGUAGAGGUGGAUAUCAAAUCGUUUACAACGGCCAGCUCGUACCAAGUGAGGUUUGAGAAGGUGGUCGACGGAAGAACACUGCACAAAGUAGUGCCAUUGUUAACUAUAUCUAAUUGCACGAUUCUUGUGGACGAGAAAUCAAUAGAUGGCUUGCCAGGUCAGCGCGUUGAAACUGUCACAAUAAACUACCAGUGUGGCCGGUGUCAAUUGCUACAGAUUGUAAUAAGAGCUACAGAUUGGAAUGUGUACAAUUUAGACAGAUCGAGAUAUAGGUUACGGAAAACCGUUGACAGGAAAUUUUACAUUGAAAUAGGUUUGGAAAAUCUGCGAGUGCGAGACUUUGGUAGUUAUUUCGGCGUUUUUCAAAACGACGACGGUGUGGAAGAGAGGGUCAAAAUUUUAGUAGUGCACUUGCUACAAGUUCCUCAAAUGAAGAGCUCUGUCGGUUACGGCGAGCACUUCGACAAGAGCAUCAACUACCAAUGCGAAGAUUGUGAACUCACUGACAUCAUGUGUGGGGGAGAGAGCGUGCUGCCAGCUGGCAGGGUCUCACACGCAGCCAGCAUGAAGAUGAUCAGCCUGAACUUCCCCAACUUCGAAGACGCUUACAGUUGUGUGUAUAUUGGAAUAUUCAAUACAGCAAACAAGGUUUACAGAAAAGUCAUCGCCGUUAUUGAUAAUGUGACGGUGAAUGAUGUGGGCGUCAUAAAUGCUCCCCAACUAGGAGAACCGUUUGAGAAAGAGUUUCAAGUUAGCUGCACUACAGACUGUUCAGUCGAGAAGGUCACCGUGAACGGUAUACCAUUGGAUCUCUCUAUGUCCAGAAGAUCAGGAUCAGGCCCAAUUGCAUUCUACGUGGCGACACCAUCCGCAAUUACGAUUCGUAUAACAGAGUAUGUCGACACAUUCGAGGGGGUCUACCAAGCUGUGUUCAACUUGAGAGGGGAUACAGUAACCAAAACUCUUAUGGAAAUAAAGGACGCGUCAAUACAGAGCGGCCAGGUAGAGGAUGGGGGACAGGAUUCGAACACCGAUACCACACCGGCAGCAAUUGAAUAUACCGUCACAGGCGCUGAGACAACUUCACAGGCUGCAUCUGGUAUGUAUAGCAAGAAAACUUUAGUCUUUAGACUCUCCUAUAUUGUCUAA